GUUCCACAAAGCACAACCCACCACUAGGUAGUGGCGCCCAGCGUGCCCCAUUCCUCGGGCAGCAACGCGCGGCUUCUAGUCCGUCAACUCUCACCACAGCUCCCCGCUUUUCGCUUCCAACGAGCCCCCUUCUCCUGCUCGUCGCGGACUCCUUCCUUCGUCCCGUUCGCUCACCAUACUUGUCGUCGGUGAACUCUCCUAAGCGGACAAGCGGCCCCUUCACGAACCUCCCAGUCCGACUCGCCCCGGCCCCUGUGCCUUCGUGAAGAUCAUGGCACCGGCACCGCCAUUAUCCCGUCGCUGCUGCUCUCCCCGCCGCGCGGUUUCUCCCCGCGUGACACUUCCGCUGCUGCUGCUACUCCUGCUCGUGCUCCUGGCGCCGGGGGGCGAGCGCGGCGGAGGCGGCGACGGGGUGCGGAGGGCAAUGGCGGGGGAGUGCCCGCUGAUCGGGCAGGGCAUGGACCCGUACUCGGCGGGGCUGGUGGGCGGUAAGACGCCCGUCUACCUCUCCGUGCUGCUCAAGAAGCUCAUCAAAGUCGACGAGAUACAGAACAGCUACUCGGCGUACUUCACCUUCGUCAUCACGUGGCGCGACCUAAGAGUGAACGACACGGUGGCGAUCAACAAGGCUCUCACGGCCAUUGCUCCGUCGCUCACAGGGUUGGCGACGGACAAGUGCAAGCCCAACGCGUCCUUCUCGGGGUUCAACGUCAGCCAGAAGGACGACUGCCUCAAGAACAACAAGCAGAACAAUCUGCCGCAGAUGGACGGCUGCAGCAAGCCGUGCACGCCUGCCGGCAUCACGUGCUGCGACUCCAUCUGGAUCCCCUCGCUCACCAUCCCCAACGUCAUACUCUACCCGCAAGACAGAUACCAAACUGAGAGCAUUUACUUCUUUGGGGACCAGAGCUCAGACUUUAGUGCGGUGGACAGGGAGGUCGUUCUGCAAGGCACCUUCUCUUCGCCCUUCAACUUCAGGAGGUUCCCCUUCGACUCCCAGACCCUCCUCCUGUCGCUGUCAGUGGAGGGCAGCGGGUUCUAUCUGGUGGGCAGCAACUAUGGGCGCGAGACAGAGCAGGGAGGCACCAGUAACUCGGGAGGCAGUUCGUUUGUGCAUGACGAGGUGACUGGGUGGAAGAUCAAGAACGCCCUUCUCAACUGCAAUCCGGUUCAAACGACCAUCUCCACGUCUUCUACCUACCACCCAGAUGACCCAUGGACGUCCAUACCUGCCGGUGGCUCUGACUCCGCUGCGAGCAGCCAGAGCACCAUGUGCGUGUUCACCAUUGAUCUCACACGCACCAGCUCCGUCUACAUCUUCUCGGUGCUGCUGCCGGUGAUCCUCAGUGUGUACCUCACCUUCACGUCUUUCGUUGCCAAGCCGGAGGAUCUUGAGAUUCGCUGUGGUGCCUGCGUCACGCUCUUCCUCGCGCUCGCCGCCAUCCAGUUUGUUAUCGACAGCCAGCUGCCCCACACGUCCUACAUCACAAAGUUUGGGUACCUGAUGAUUGUUUCCUACGUGAUCAUCUGGUUAUGCACCAUGGAGGCCCUUGUUGUCUUCUGCAUAGCCGAGCGCAUCGAGAAGAAUGUUAUCGAGACCGUGAUGGACACGCUGCCGCCCGCGCUGUCAAUGAAAUUGACCUCCACUAAGGAGGACCAGGCAGCAGAGGAGCAGCUGAUGGGGGGGGCUGAAGCGCAUGACGGCAAGGAGCCGGACACUGAAGCCAUUGCAGAGGCGGCUGCCGCGAGGAGGGCUGCUGCAGAUGAUAUGAAGCAGAACUCGGCUGUUCCCAGCUUUCUGAAAUUCCGGCUGUUUGGCUAUCACUUGAAGGGAUCGAACCCUGACAGAGCAAAAGAAGGAAACUAUCGCCUUGCUGUUAGAAUUGACUUCAUUUGCUUCACUAUCUUCUUCAUUGGCUACACCAUCCUUUGGAUUGUGCUCUAUACUGCUUGAAACAUGUACUGCAUGUGAAGUAUACCGUAUGCCGUUUUUCGCUGCGUCAUACCCAUGUGUGUAUGCCUGCUGUAUUGAGCUGAAUUUUGGAA